AUGGCUACCGCACCGACACCAAACCAUGGGGCAUCGAUCCCAGAUACCGUCGCUUUGGCGGAUACGGAGUCGCAGUCAGCUUGGCUCGCGAUGCAACAAAUCAACCCCACAGACCGCGUUCAUCUGCAAAGGCUAGGUCAUAUGCGAUAUCAGCACCCGUCUCUGGAUGAGAUCGAGCGUUUCAUGCUUGAUUUUGGAAUGCAGAUUGCGAAGAAAACAGAAGAGGAGAUCUGGUUCAAAGGCUAUGGGCCCGAUCCGUAUGUUUACUAUGCCCGCAAGGGGCCUAAGAAGUUUCUGGGAGGUGCUUUUGUAGCGCAGAGCCAAGAGGAAUUUGAUAAGGCUUCGAAGCUCCCAAGUGCCGGUCCCGUCCAAGAUCUAGGCGACGCGCCUGGGGGAGGUUCUAUCGUGACCAUCACUGAUCCAGAGGGUUUCCCUUUUAAUGUUGUCUAUGGACAAACAACACCUGCGACCGAGACAAAAUACCCUGAACAUAUUAUCUUGAAUUACACAGACGAGAAAUCUCGUCAGCGAAAAUUCAACCGAUUCGAAACCGGGCCUGCUGCUGUUCAUAAGCUGGGCCACUUCGGACUCUGUACACAGCAGUUUGACACAUUGCUGAGUUUCUACACUUCGACCUUCAACAUCGUCCCGACAGACCUUCUGUAUGUUGAGAAGGACAACAAAAGACAGAUUGUCACCAUGUUCGCCCACAUUGAUCUCGGAGAAGCUAUGUCAGAUCACCAUUCAUUCUUCCUGAGCGCGAAUCCUCAAGCAGCUCAUGUCCAUCACUGCUCCUUUGAGGUCCACGACUAUGACACGCAACACCUGGGCCAUCAGUGGCUUGCUCAGAAGGGCUAUGAGUCAGUCUGGGGAAUUGGUCGCCAUGUUCUGGGAUCUCAGAUCUUUGACUACUGGUGGGACACCACUGGAAAUAUGGUUGAGCAUUACGCUGAUGGAGACCUGGUCAACAAACAUACGCCGAUUGGAUAUGUACAGGCUGGGUCAGAGUCAUUGGCUGUUUGGGGCCCUGACGUUCCUGCUGCAUUUUUGGCGUAAAUGAUUAACCGACGUUUGUCCCCUACUUGAUUUAUCUCUCGAGGAUCGUACAUCCUCUUGGUGUCUUCGGCGUACUCGAUCAAUCAGAGCAUGUUUUAUCGAUAUUACGCUGGCCAGUGACCAUAUGAUUACUGAAUAUCUGAGCUCCGCCCGCUUAUGGUCUUGUUGAUGCGAAAGUGGACCCUCUGAUUGCCUAAGUGAUCAUUCGACCCAUUCAACUAGGUCCUGCCGGCUGUGUGAAUACACUUUUGAGUUUAACAGGACGUAUAAGUAUCAUUUCUAGUAGUCAAGGAGUGCUUGGCAGCC